CUUUCUACGUGCGAGAGAGCGAGAAAGAUAGAGAGGUACCACUGCUGCCGCUGCCUGUGGGACUGAGUCACAGUACAGUACAGUACAGUAAGAAGAGGAGGAACGGGUUUGUGUGUUUGUUGCACAGGAGAACGCAUGACACCGCCUGCAUGUGUGCGCUAAGAGUCGCGGUGAGCCGAACGCUCUGCAGAGUGUCUAAACCUGUCUUGAGGAUGACCAUCCAGAAUGGGUAUGCGAUAUCUGCCAGAAACUGCUCCCAGGCAGGACCUCAGAGAAACACACUGAGAUGGGACCUGUCUCCGGAGGAGAUCAGGACCACCACGGACAACCUGAUUGACAGAGUGAAGAAGGUCUACGAUGACAUUGGGUCUCUGAGCGCUGAAAGCGUCUCUGUUGAAAACACCCUGAAAGCCUUGGCUAACGCCAAACUGGAUUAUACCUCAUCACGCCAUGUUCUUGACUUCCUCCAGUAUGUCUGUCCUUCCAAGGAGGUGCGCUCAGCGAGCACGGAGGCAGACAAAAAGCUGUCCGAGUUUGAUGUGGAGAUAAGUAUGAGGGAGGACGUGUUCGAGCGGAUCUCCGCCUUGCAGAAAAAUCCCCAAGACAACCUUUCACCUGAAGAAAAGAGGUUCAUAGACAGACUUGUUACACUAGGCAGGCGGAGAGGGUUGCACCUGUCUACAGAUAUACAAGAGGAAAUCAAAAGAACGUCCAAGCUCAUUAGUGAGCUCGCCAUAGAAUUUAACCAGAAUUUGAAUGAGGACAACACGUUUCUUGUUUUUUCUGAGCAUGAAUUGGGCGGUCUCGCCGACAGUUAUCUCAACGGCCUGGAAAAGACGGAAAACGGGAAGUAUAAAGUGACACUUGAAUAUCCCCACUACUUUCCACUGAUGAAGAGGUGUCACAAUCCUGAGACCAGGAGGAAGAUGGAAGCAGCGUUCCAUAGCCGGUGUAAAGAGGUCAACACGGCGAUCCUCGAACAGUUGAUACAGCUGAGGGCAAAGGUCGCAGACUUACUUGGUUACAGCAGCCACGCAAACUACGCGUUGGAAAUGAACAUGGCAAAGAAUGCGGGCAAUGUGUCUGACUUUCUAGAUACAUUCUACGAGACACUGAAGCCCAUUGGGAUCAAGGAGAGGAAAUAUAUUCUUGCACUAAAAAAGAGGGAGUGCCUGAUGAAGGGCUACGAGUUCGACGGACAGAUCAACGCCUGGGACUUGCCCUACUACAUGAACCAAGUGGAGCAGUGCAAGUUUGCUGUGAACAAGGACAAACUGAUCGAGUAUUUCCCGCUCGAUGUGGUGACUGAAGGGCUGUUUGGUAUUUACCAGGAGCUGCUGGGGCUCACUUUCACAGAGGUGGAGCACGCUCAAGUGUGGCAUGAAAAUGUCAAGCUUUAUUCAGCCCACGAUGCAGAAACAGGGGAGGAGAUCGGUCAGUUCUACCUGGACUUGCAUCCCAGGGAAGGAAAGUAUGGCCAUGCAGCCUGCUUUGGGCUGCAGCCUGGCUGCAGAGGACCCGAUGGAGAACGCAGGCUUCCAGUCGCGGCGAUGGUGGCCAACUUCACCAAACCCAGAAAAGGCUGGCCCUCUCUCCUCCAACACAACGAGGUGGAGACUUAUUUCCACGAGUUUGGUCACGUGAUGCACGAGCUCUGCUCUAAGACAACUUUUUCAGAAUUCAGUGGAACUCAGGUGGAGACGGACUUUGUGGAGGUGCCGUCGCAGAUGCUCGAGAACUGGGUGUGGGAGAAAGAGCCUCUGAAAAGGAUGUCUCGCCACUACAAGGAUGGCAGCCCGAUUCCGGACAACCUGCUCGACAAACUGAUUGCCUCCAGAGUAGCCAACACUGGUAUGAUGAACCUGCGUCAGGUAGUCCUCAGUAAAGUGGACCAGUCGCUCCACACCAGUCCCCGUGCAGAUACAGCGGAGGUGUUUGCAAAGCACUGCCAGGACAUCCUAGGUGUUCCUGCUACACCAGGCACCAACAUGACUGCCAGUUUCAGCCACUUGGCAGGAGGAUACGACAGCCAGUACUACAGCUACUUGUGGAGCGAAGUCUACUCCAUGGACAUUUUCUUCAGUCGCUUCAAAAAGGAAGGCAUUAUGAAUCCAAAGGUAGGAAAAGAGUACCGAAGGGUGAUCCUGGAAGCCGGUGGCUCUGCUGAUGGAAUGGACAUGCUGGAAACCUACCUGGGCCGUGCACCAUGCCAGGAUGCUUUCUUUCAAUGCAAGGGACUCACUAAGUCACAGGAAACAUAAAAAUUGUAAUCUGAUAUAGUCUUUAAGAGUCUUUUUGUCAAAACAGGGUAUAUUUCUAAUUGUCAGGAUGCAAGUCAAUAUUAGUGGAAAAAUUGUUUUUCACCAAGUGUAUUAUUACAGUAUUUAGGGAUUUGUACUCUGUGUCUCUGUUGUGAGAUUUGCUGCUUUUCUCUGUUUUACAAUUUUCUGCUAGUAUAAAAUAUUGUAAGGAUUUUUGAUUGUUACUUGGACAAAAAAAGAUGUGACUCUGGGAAGUUGUGACAUCUUUUUUUCAAUUAUGUUGUAACUGUUCUAUUGAUCAAUCGAUUAAAUAUCUUUAUUUCUUA